CCUCCAUUUACAAUAUUAGCUAGCUAGUAUCCUUUUUCACAUAUAGAUAGAUAUAGAGAGAGGGAGAGAUUUGCAGAAAUGCAGAAAAGUUUGAGUCUUGCUGUUGAGGAAGGUGGAGGUGAUGAUCUGAAGUAUGAUGAAGAUGGUCGCUCCAAAAGAACUGGGACUGUUUUGACUGCGAGCGCUCAUAUCAUCACGGCAAUAAUCGGGUCGGGAGUUUUGUCUCUGGCGUGGGCUAUUGCGCAGUUAGGAUCGGUCGCCGGACCGAUUGCCAUGGUGGCCUUCUCCGUCAUCACUUUGUACACUGCGUUCUUGCUCGCCGACUGCUACCGUUCGCCGGACGGCAAACGGAACUACAGUUACAUGGACGCCGUCAGAGCUUAUCUAGGCGGCGUGCAAGUGAAGUUCUGUGGGGUAGCUCAGUAUGCCACUCUUGUUGGGGCGAGCAUUGGGUACAUAAUCACCGCCGCCAUGAGCUUGCAGGCGAUUGUAAGAACAAACUGUUACCACAAGCAUGGCCGUGGAACUGAGGGCUGCAUUCCAUCGAAACGAAGCUCGAUACUCAUCUUUGGAGCAGUGGAGGUUCUGCUUAGCCAGAUACCAAAUUUUCACCGCCUUUGGUUCCUCUCCAUUGUUGCAGCACUCAUGUCUUUUGGCUAUUCUUCCAUUGGGAUUGCUCUCUCUGCAGUUAAAAUUGCAGGUGGGGUGGAUGUGGAGACGAGUGUAACGGGGGUGCCCGUUGGGGUGAACCAUUCGACCAAAGACAAGAUGUUUAGUACUUUCUCUGCAUUGGGGAACAUUGCAUUAGCCUUUGGGUUCAGUCUUAUUCUGAUUGAUAUACAGGACACACUGAAAUCUUCGCCACGAGAGAGGAGGGCGAUGAAGCAGGCGUCGAGCAUUGGAAUUCUGUCAGCCACCUUCUUCUACCUGCUGUGUGGGAUCCUUGGGUACCUGGCGUUCGGGAAUGCAGCACCGGGGAACCUCUUGACAGAUGAUCAUGGGUUCUACGAGCCCUUCUGGCUCGUCGACCUGGCUAACGUGUGCAUCAUCGUACACCUGGUUGGGGCGUACCAGGUUGUCGUGCAGCCAGUUUUUGCCUUUGUGGAGUGUUGGAGCAGAGCCAGAUGGGGUGGGGUUUGGUUCAUCACAGGGGAACACACCAUAAGGUUCCCAUUCCUGGGAAAUUUUAGUGUUAGUCUGUUCAGGCUGGUAUGGAGGACAGGUUUUGUGGUGUUUACUACUGUUGUAGCCAUGAUUUUCCCAUUCUUCAAUGCCAUUCUUGGCCUCCUGGGAUCCAUUGCCUUCUGGCCUCUCACCAUUUACUUCCCCGUCGAGAUGUACAUUUCGCAGGCCAAGAUCCCGAGACUCUCCUUCACAUGGAUUUGGCUGCAGAUUCUGAGUUUCUUCUGCUUCGUCGUCUCAGUUCUUGCUGCAGUUGGCUCGAUUUGCGAUCUAGCCAAAUCUGUCAUGCAUUUCAAGCCCUUUGCAUAGAUAGAAUGCCAGAAGGUUAUGGUGACUACUUAAUCUCUGUACUUAUGUAGCCAGAGCCAUAGAAAAGUUUCAGAAUAACUCAUCAUUUGCUGUAAUUUUGAAGCUUCUAAGCAAUCUUUAAUGUCAAGCUGCACUAUCUUUCUGCUGGGAAACAAUAAACUGAUGAGAAUCAUGCUUAAAGCAAA